CACAUGCCAUUUUUUUGUGCGAUUUUACCCAAUGGCCGGUGGCGUAUUCGUGGCGCAUGAACGGAGCAUACCCCGGCGGCUUUGCGCUGGACGCGACCAGCGCCGAGCUGCCCGACGACGCCCAUGCGUACGAGCAAGAGAUGGCGCUCGACAGGUACAUGCAGUCGCCCGACAAGGACGACGACGCCGAUACCGACGUGGGCAGCAUGACCUUUCUGCCGACCUUGGCGCCGCCGCCCGAGACAUCGCUUAAAGACGAGAAGCGCCGCCGCCUCCAGGCCCAUCCCAUGGUACUGAGCGUCUCAACCGAUGGACGCGAGGUUGCUUGCAAGUGUGGCCGCAUCGUGCGCCUCAACCCGCCGUGGUACAUGCUCAAGUACGAGCAGCACACGAUGAGUCGCAACUGCGGCGAGCCACGGCCGAACCGCAAGCGCAGCUUGGCGCGCACGUCGUCCUUGGCCCAUACGUCUGUCGAUACGGAUGUCGAUGCGAUCUUGGCGCAAGGCGAGCCAGGCCCCGACGCGUCGGUCCUCGACGAACACCGCUUCCGCGUCGCGCAGCAGCUGCGCGAGCACCCGAAAUUUGUCGCGAUGGCGCCUGACGGCCUCUCGAUCGAGUGUCGCUGUCAACGGCUCGUGCAUCUCGAUGGGCCGUGGCAACCGGCAGCGUUCUUUGCCCACAUCGAGAGCGACGUCUGCGAUCGGCCCGUGCAACGCAAGCGCCGCCGCCCGUCGCCGCCGCCGCCACCCUCGACAGUCCUCGCACUGCCGUGCCCCGGCAUUCGAUCGCCCGAUGUCGCUGCGUACGUGCGCGCCGCGGUCCAGGUCACGGGCGGUUCCCGGCCCCGGCAUACGAUUGCGCGGGAGCUCUUUCCGCGUCUUUUGCCACCCGGUGGGCCCUGCGAGAUGGCCAAACUGCUCUGUCCAACCGAGAAGAAGCUACUGCACGAUGCGAUGCAGCGCGAAGCGCUCUGGUGGAUCGACAAGGAUGCGGGUACGGUCCGGAGUCUCCAGUGCACCGGCGCAGCGACGCGCGCGACAGCCGACGCGACGCGGCUGCCCUGUGCGAAAUGCAGUCAUUUGCGGUCGAUUCCGUCGUUCCGGACUGCUAUUGCCAGUGCCAACAAGCCGCCAAAGGCGCUGCGUCAAACCAAGUUUAUACCCAAGAGCCUCGGGCCGGCAUCGGCCGUCGACGCACUCCUCGUCCAUGGCCAGGACGCUUAUGUCCGAGAACUCCGCGAUUUGCUCGCUCAGCACGCGAGCGAUGCGACCACGAGCAGCCAUGUCUGGCUCCAUGCGGCCGAAGUCGGCUUGCGCAACGAACUCGCCGAGCACCCCGUGCUUCUUGCAGUCCUCGAGUGGAUCGUCCACUUGAAAGAGAAGGAGCGGCGCGGCGUCGGCAAGCAAAAUAUGCCGAUUUCACCGGCCUUGGACGCGUUCCAUGCGGCACUUGCCGCCCUCUCGGAAGACGCAGCAACGCUCUUUGGGCUCCACUUUUGCGGCCGGUCCAAGCGCAUCAAGUCGCGCAAGACCGAUGGACACGUCUUGUCGUUGCUACCGCCGGACGCAGCGCUUAGCGACCUCAUGCUCACGUUGCCACCGUCAGACGACCCGCCUUCGGACAGCGGCGACCACGACCUUUUACCGGACGAGCUCGACGAUCCGGUCGCGCCAUCUUCGAUGGUGCUGGCGCAGCGCGAAGCCGCGUGGGCGGUGCAUGUUCAGAGUCACCCCAACGAAGAGAUCCCGUGCCCCGGCAUCACGGCGGUGCACGAAUUUGUGAGCGCGAGCUUUCAGCCCAUUGGUGGCAGCCGCCCGCGGUAUGUGCUCGCCAAAGACUAUGCGCCGGACGCGCUCGUCGACGGCAAGUUUGUGCUGUCGGCGUUGACGCCGGCGCAAGCCGAUCUGAUUCAUGACGCGGCGUUUCGCGAGUCGCUCUGGCGCAUCGACAAGCACGGCAAGUGCGUCCGUAGCCAGCGCUGCCACCGCAGCUGCACGCGGACCAACGGUGCGUGCGACGCCUGCCUCAGCCUCCACCGCAACGCAACCUUUCGAUCGGCCGUGAGCCGCGCCCGGAAAAAGGCGGCCGACCCCGCGUCUGUGCUCGCGAACGUCCGGUUCACGCCGCACGCGUUCACCAAACACGACCCGCUCUUGCGCGCCGUGGCCAGCAACGCCAGCCUUCGGUCGCUCGUGCUCGAACCACCGCGCGACGACCGCGGCAUCUUUUGGCUCAAGCUCGCGCGCUUGGGCCUCGCGGGCGCGUUCCGUGAGUUUUGCGUUGUCGAAGGCGUUUUGCAGAGCGUGCUCGACGUCAAAGACAAGGCGCGGCGCGGCGUCGGCAAGCAAAACAUGAACUACACGCCGGCGCUCGACGCGUUUCUCGACGAGCUCGCGGUGACGUCGCUGCCAGCGUUCGAGCUUUUCGCUGGGCAUUUCUGCGUGCGCUCGCUGCGCUCGAGCAAGCUCGUGCAAAAAAGGAAGCGGCGCAAGCUCGACGAUGGACUCGCCGAUGAGCCCAUGGCGAUGCCGGCCAUCUUGAUGUACAGCGACGACGAGGCGGGGCCGACCAGCAGUGACCGGCUCCUCACGGAUGCGUUUCUCGGUACAUCCGAGAGUGCACUUGGCCUCGCGUCGGCCCUUGCGCGUCUUGAUACUGACAUCGCCGGGAAUGACGUCAUUUCGCUGUAGAUACAGGCGCAGAGGGUAAUGAAUGGACUCUCAUUUCGCGUUCAUUUCUUGGCGAGCGACCUUCUAGCUGUAUGGGGAUCGAUAGAAGCGAG